UGCGAUUAAUCCUCCCGGAGACCAAGUUUUAACAGUACAAGAAACUGAACGUGUUGUUGAAGAUUGCUGCUUUCAAACGCGUUUGCUUUACUUUCUCAACAACCAGAUUUGAAAAAAAAGAACGUUUUUUUUUUUUUUUUUUUUUAUCUUCAAGGUUUUUUUUUUUUUUUCUAUGAUGCCUACUGGCAUGUUCAGCAUAGAGAGCAUUUUAGCUGGCAGACCCGGCUGCAAGGAAUCCGUUUUACUACAUCGGAAUGCUCCGGUUGUUUUUUCUAAUUUGACGGAUUCACUGUACGCUACCGAUUAUAGUGGGCUUUAUGCUCACACAGGACCUUCUGCUUCAGACCUCCAGGCAGUAAAUGGAUCUAGGCUCGGAUAUAAUAACUAUUAUUAUGGACAGCUUCACGUGCAGGGACCAGCUAGACCCGGUUGCUGUGGCAUGAUACCCCCUCUUGGCGCACAGUGCCCAUGCAUUCCUGCAGGUUAUGACAGUGCUGGCUCGGUGCUGCUGUCCCCUGUCCCACAUCAGAUGAUGCCCUAUAUGAAUGUAGGGACAUUGUCUAGGACUGAACUUCAGCUUCUUAACCAGUUGCACUGCAGACGGAAGAGGAGACAUCGUACCAUCUUCACCGAUGAACAGCUGGAAGCUCUAGAGAAUCUGUUCCAGGAAACUAAGUACCCCGACGUUGGAACGAGGGAACAGCUUGCACGGAGAGUGCACCUUAGAGAGGAAAAAGUUGAGGUUUGGUUCAAAAAUCGCAGAGCCAAGUGGAGGAGACAGAAGAGGUCCUCUUCAGAAGAACCAGAAAACUCUCCAAAAUGGAACAAAUCUUCCAGCACUUCAACAGAAAAAACAGAAGAUGAAGCAAAAAGUGAAGUGGACUCGGACAGCUGAUAAAUAAUUCUGUUUCCUAAAGACUUUGCACAAAUGGAUCCGUUUAUCUUGCACAUACCCCUGCGUUUCCCUGGAGACAUUCUGUAAAUAGUGUACAUAGUGUGUGGAUUUUGAAGUAAGAAAAUGUGUUGCAUUGCUGUUGCACAAAUACAUACCGUAAGGUUUAUUUUUGUUGUUUUUUAACAUGGAUAUUUAAAUUGAAUACAACUUUAUUAAACGCACACUGGCUACAUAAAGUAAAACAUACCUGAAGGCUAAGGUGCUAUAAAUAGAUUUUCCCAGGUUAAAACCUGUUAAAGAGCAAUUUGCUUUUUUAAAUUAUCUUCUCUGGGACGAAUUAUUCCUUUGAUUUUGUGAAAUCUGGAAUUCUGUUAAGGGUUACUUUGAGCAUCAUCAAUUAUAUGAUAUGCACACCAUUUCAGUAUUGAAAUAUUAUAGUACG